AGUCUGUCAUCUGGGUGAAAAAGUAAUACGGAUGUCAUCGAUACAGUUGUUUGAAAAAGGAAACAUGCGGGAUUAGAUGCCAGUGGAUGAAAAUUGCAGUAUAAGAUGUGAAAUACAAUGAAUGUGUGAAGAGAAUGGGAAAGAUAUGCGAGGCAAAAUUAUGGAUGAAAAUAUUGUGUCAGGAGGUUAUCCGCUGUGGUCGUUCAGUGGCACACUUUCCGAUUUCACUCAGAAUGGACAGGACAGGGAGCUUUUAAACCAAGAUGGAGCUAUUUCUAGCAAUUCUAUGGUCGAUGACUUGGUGGCAAAAAUAUUGGAUGAAGAGUCACUUGUGGGAACUAAUGGACUGAAGGAUACUUUCAAUGGGGAGCCCAGCUUAUACUCUCUUUACAAUGGCAGCUGUCUGUCAGCAAUUGACUGGAACGAUCAGUACCAGAAUGGUAUGAACGGUGCACAACUGAGUUUCCCAAAUAGCUUUAGUGCCCUCGAUGGGAUAAAACUUUCUGAUUUGGAACUACAUAACUCAUCUGGAACAAAAGAUUGUAAUAUUAACAAUGAAUUUCCGUGCAUAGAGCUCCCCAGACUAGACCAGUUGGAUUUUGAUUUAGGCAUACUGUCUCUAGAGGGGAAUGGUGUAAACCAGACUCAUGCUUUGUCUCUUCCUCCUCCUGCACACGCUCGCUUACAGGCUGAAUCAUAUGUGACUCAAGGGUUACCAGAACAUCAACAUAACCAGGAAUCUCAUCAGAAUUUCUGUCAUAUUGACCCUGGGAAAGAUUUAUCAUUAGGAAGUACAUUUACUGGAAAUACUCAGUUAUCACUAUUUUCUUCAUCUGACUCUACUCAGCAAGAUACAGCAGCACAAUCAUUAACAAUUAAUGCUACAGAUCCUGUGAUAUAUGGCCAGGAUUUACCAAAUGAUCAGCAAAUGUAUAAUUAUGUUCAGUUGCUAACUAGAACUGGCAAACUAACAUUUGGACCAGGACAACAACAAGAAUGUUCAAGAUAUGGAAGACAGGGUAUUUCAUCAUUAGAUGCUAUUUCAGCAAGUAUAUCUCCAACUGUAAUUGACAAGAUUAAUCAGUAUCCAGCCAGUAGCAUAUCUCAAAUAGGAACAAAUUAUGCUGCUAAGGAAGAACCUGUUAUAAGUAAUGAAGGUAACUUGACACAUCCAGAUCAUCAGGUCAGUUUGCCACUACCAAAAUUUAAAAAAGUUGUCCAUAAUGCUGCUUCUGACAUUAAGGAAGCUACUGGACAAACACCUUCAGCAUCAUAUUCUGCAAUUGGUUUUCCAAGGAAUCUGACGAGAGGAAAUGGAAACAACCAACAGGCAAUAUCUGUUGGCUGUGGCCCAGACUCGGGAGGCAACACGGGAUAUGUGUACAACAAUACAUCAAGAUUCGGAUCAAGUACCGCAGACAGAAAUGUUAAUUAUCGUUUAAAUGGCAAUGCAAAUGAUGCAGUAAUGAAAAAUGUACAAAGUAGUGGAACUGGUGCAAGUCAUGUUACUUUGAACUGUGCAAGAAAUUCAUCAUUUUCCAAUUCUGCUACAAACUUCAACAGCUUGCUGACACAAUCUUCAGCAAUAGAAAAUGCAAACUAUUUAAAUACUGACAAUCGUGCAUCUAAUUUCCAUCCAUUCCAGUAUGGAAAUGCAUCUCUAACAUUGCAUCAAAUGAUUCCACCUCCACCACUGGAUGGAACAACGUAUCCUCCGGAAUUUUGCACUGAAUUGUUAAAAGCAAGGGCAAAUCUUGGUUAUCUUACCACAUCGGGACCUGUCGGACCAGAUGGGCUACCAGUAUUUGAUGUACCUGGAUUAUUUGGAAUUCCUUCACAUGUUUACGGUUUUCGAUCAGUUAGGCGAAGUGGACCCUCAAGCGAGCUUCAUCUGCGCUUAGAAGAGUGCUAUGAUCAGUUUAAGAGCUUGGAAAAGGAACGAAAGAAAACAGAAGCAGAUUUAGCACGGCACAACCCAGGGAAAAAAGUAUCUUCAGCUAAUAAUAUACCUGUACCUCGAUUACCACCAACACCUUCAAGAGUUGAUCGACUAAUAAUUGAUCAGCUUCGUGAACAUGCAAGGGUAAUAACACUCAUUGCAAAAAUGGAACGUCUUCGUGGUGAAGCUGUUCACUCAAAUAUUCAUGCAUCAAUGGAGGCAUGGCUUGAAGCAAUAAAGAAAGUACAGUCACGCCGUCGAGAUGAAAUAAUUAAUUCUACAAACCGCCAUCACAGUUUUGUAGCAGGGAUUCCCACUCCACGAAUUCAAGAAGACAAAGAUAUUUUGGCAUUGGCAGCCAGCAUUCAAGAGUUAAGCAUUGCUUCCAAGAAAGCUCGUACUGGUAUGUGGUGUGCCCUAGAAACAACACUUCUUAGCCAGGGCGAGAAAAGUGAUGAGGCUCUGCAAGAUACAGAUAAUAAUCCACCAAAUACCGAUAUGAAGAAGUAAUAUAAAGUUUGUCUACACUGCUUUAAUCAGUCUGAUUUUGUAUCUGGAUAUGAUUCUUCUUGAAGUCUGUUCUAAGUUAUGUAAUUAUUUAUUAAUGUGCACAUUCUACAGACAAUCUUUUCAUGGUUUCUUUUAAACUGUAUAAUCUGAAAUACUCCUGACAGCCAAGGAAAGUCACUGUCAGAAUAUAUAAUUUUAAGUAAAUUUGCAGUAGCAUUUGGUCUACUGUGUUGUCAUAAUGCACUUUUAAUGUAGUGACACACAGUUUUCCUUGGAUUUUUGAUGUAAUUGUCUUCUAUUGCCUAUUGUGGCUGUCAGUGUAAUCCUUUCCUUAUUAUUCUGUCAUAAAUGUGACAGACUGCACAAGAGUGUACAUUGCAAGAAAGUUACGUUUUUUUGUUAUCAUUCAACUGUUGAUCUACACAUGUAUAUAUUUUAUGUGUAUAUCAUUCUCAAAAUGACAUAAGUACUUUGGGUAACUAGUCAACUGUGGUAGUUUAUAAAAGCAUGAAAUGCUUGAACAUUCGCAAUACUGAACUGCCCGGCAGUAGGUGUAAGUAGUUGUUGUAUGGUCACUUUGUAUUAUUUUUGUCCUGUGCUAAAAUUUAUCAGUAAGACCUAGACCCACUCAAAAUCCAACAUAGGAGUAUGUAUUGUACAUGUAUUAUCUAUUGGUACUAUUGAAAGGCCAAAACCUUUAAAGCAUUUCAAAAAGUGUGCAUUGGAUGACUGAGUACUUACUUAUUGCUGGGCAGACUUUUAGAGAAGUUUUUGACUGUAUAGAGCGCUGUAUCAAAAUGUGAAAGAGAAAUGGCUCUUAGAUUGAAAUAAGUGUUUUGAUGGAAAAUGUUUCUUUUUACCAAAGUGUGUAGCUCUCUGGAUUCAUAGUUUUCCAUUAACUGCAGUUUCGUAUAGUGUUUUCUCGUAGAAUACAUGCUGUUUUAAAACUGGUGGUAUUGAAGUGGCAGCAGUGGCAGAGUAAUCAGGGAAUUCACAGUGGUUGACUGAUUUGAUGUGAUCUGUUUCCUUUAAGAAGAAUAACAAAGUAAUACUACUAAUGAUUAUUGUAAUAAUGCUUUGUCUAUGAAUAUUUUACGAAUGCACUUUUUGCUGUGGUAGCUUCUGCAGUCAUAUUGCUGAAAGACUGAA